AUGUUCUCACCGUCCCUAAGAGAGGUUUUGCGGGGUGGACUGAACAGCGCCGAGCGAUUCACGGCCUCCAAACCACAAAUCCCUCUAUUCACUGAAGACGGUUUAUAUGACAGCAUGGAUGGAAGCUCCACUGAACUGACUGAUGUCUUUGAAGAGGAGUGCUGUGAGGAUGAAGACUGGAAUCUCCCAGCUGUAGAUUUGCAACAGAAAAUUGCGAUUCAGUUGGAGAACUAUCUAUCCAAUGAGAAUCUGGCAGAGGAUGCCUUCCUGCUUAAACACGUACAGAGGAAUAGGAUGGGUUAUGUGAGCUUGAAAUUACUAACAUCCUUCAAAAAGAUCCGAGAGCUGACACGAGAUUGGCGCAUCACCCUCGCAGCAGCCCGUAGCUCACAGCUGCUAGAGGUCAAUGAGGAGGGGACAAAAGUACGCCGGAAGGAGCCUGUGCCAGAUUGGCUGCUGCGUGUCCCCACCAGCAAAUUAUUGCUAGCCUGGAACCUGCUGGGAGAGCACUCCUCUGAGGAGGCUGCCCGGAGGGUGGAGCAGCAAGGCUUAAUGGAGACUGCCAUGCGGCUCUUUGGAACCUAUGGCUCCAUCUCAUCUCUCCGUAUCCUGCGUCCUGGCAAGGAGUUACCUGCAGAGCUAAAGAAAUACAGCAAGAAACACAUUGAGCUUGGCAGCAAAGUAUGUGCAGUGGUGGAGUAUGAGUAUCUGGAGGGUGCCUGCAAGGCAUAUGAGGCACUACGGGAAGAGGAGCAGCUGCAUGCUGGAAGGGGGGUGAGAGUGGCACUUCUGGGCACCCGGGGCACAUGGAAGCUCAGCUGCAGCCAGGAUCGUACAGAUGGGGAAUCUGAAGACCCUGAGGAGGGCAGAAAGAGAGUUGCUUCCAAAAAGCCCAACCGAAAGGCCAAACGCUAUCCCUAUUACUUGGAGGAUUCUGCCCUCUACAGCUCCUCAGAGUCAGACUUUGCCCCAGCCUCACCUCGACCACAUCGCAGGGUCACCCGGCCAAAAGCUCUUUAUGGCAACCCCCUUGCCAUACCCUGCGUGUCCUCCUUUCGGUCAGAUCCUUACAGCAAUCCCCUGUCCAGUCCACUGGGAAGCCCCCUUCUGCCUCGCAAGCUGUUUGCUGGUGGCCACACUCUCUCUCCUCUGAUUGCACCUGAGUUCAGCAGCAGUCCUGUAUCCAGUGGAGCGGGUAGUGUUGGUAGGAGUAAAUGUCCCGGUGACUGUUCCCAGGACAGUGCAUUUGUGGGGAGCCCUUGGGUCCAGCGGCGAAAGACCGCUGCACAAGCCUUCUUCCCUGAAAAAAGCUGCCCCCUCUCACCUGGCCUGCUAAAGAAGCCUUGUGCAUCGGUGGAAGUGGUACGGCAGCCAAUUGGCCCUGAUGGAUCCAAAGGCUUUUACAACUGCAUUGGAAGAGGGAAACUGUUGCUACGGCAGUAA